AUGUCUCCUCUUCGUCUCUUCAUUCUACACAAUCUCCACCCAAAAAUCAGUCGCAAAUCCGCUUUGGUACCAACUUCUUCUAUUGGCCGGCUUUUUUCUCGCCGCAGCUUUGUCGCUUCUGAUACUUGUCACGGCCGCGCGAGCCACUAUGGUCGCGUGGAUAACGGUGCUCGUCCUUCUGGCCUUCUCGGGCACACGCCGCCGUGUUCUUGCGCGGCGCGGGAAGACUAUCACGGCGGACGUUGCGAUGUGCUUGGUCAGGGUUCUGAUUAG